ACCAUAGAAACGAAACGGAAGUUUACUGCCACGGAAUCUCAAACCAUCUUUGGGUAACAUCAAGUUACCAAGAUUAGUAACAUUUUGUAUUUUACGUGCAUGAAACUCAAACCCGAGCAUAGCACUGUUUAGAUAUAGACUCAUACUCAAACUAAAAGUUAUUUUACUCAAGUUGGUGUCGUAAUUUAGCAUUGUCAGAGCUUCUUCUGUCGGAGUUAGCUGUCCAGCUAGCUCUAAUGCUCGGUGGCUGGACAUGUUUAAAGCAAAAGUUCUCUUUAUUGGUCCCAAUGAGAGUGGGAAAACGGUUCUUGCUAAUUUUCUCUCAGACACAGCAGAUGUUGGAGGUGAAUACAGACCUACACAAGGAGUAAGGAUACUGGAAUUUGAAUCACAAGCGGAAGGCAGUCAUGACAAUGACAAAUGUGAUGUCGAACUUUGGGACUGUUCGGGAGAUUUUAAAUUGGAAACAUGCUGGCCUGCAAUAUUAAAGGACUCCAGCGGCGUUGUGAUCAUUUUUAAUCCUGAUGUUCCAAGUCACCUAAAGGAAAUAGAGACGUGGCAUUCGAUGUUCAUUUCCUCUCAGGGCUUGCAGGACAGCCAGUGUUUACUCAUUGCUCACCACAAGCCCGGCAGCGUAGUGCAAGAUGGACGGCUCCCUUUAGCCUCACAUCUAGGCCGACUGCCGCUUAUCCACUCCAACCUGGAGGAGGAGCCUGAGGAUGUGAAGCAAGCUUUCUGCAGAUACUUAGGAAGUGUUGUGAAGGCAAUGUCGGAGAGCCGAGAACGAGAGGAGAUGUCCAUCAUUACAUAGCUGCAAAAUCCUUAAAUUAUGCAGCUUGAUAUAAACACAUUCACAUUUGUUUUAAUGAUAUAUUUUGGUUGUCAUUAAAUCCUCCACAACACCAUGUAAAUACUUUCCUACAAUUAUGUGUAUGGUCCGUUUUGUUGACUUAUAUUUGUUUUCUUUCGUGAAUAAAAGGUCCCGAAAUGAUAUUUUUAAAGACAGCAAAUAUCUGACUUUAGAAAUUGUUUAUUUGAA